CUACAAAUGCAGCGGCAGUUAACAUCAAUCCUCUCACCAUUUUCUCUUCUGCAUCGUUUUCAAUUCAUUUCCAAAUUAGUAUGAAGCUACAGAGAAUGCGAAGCCACCGCCAGCAGCAGCAGGUAUCGUGGCGGCGCAAGUGGCUCAACAGAUCAACUAGCAACUCCGAUUAUUCCGCUGACAGAGACUUCAGCUCACAGCCUGAUUCCGAUCGAGAGGCUCUUCCAAGGUUAAGACGGCGAAAUUCCGAGACAUUUAGAGCUCAGUACAUUAAGUCCAAGGAAAUCAGGAUAUGUGCAGCCACCUGGAAUGUUCAAGGACUAACUCCUGAUGAUCACCUCAAUCUUGAUGGUUGGUUAGACAUUGCUGAGCCUGCUGAUAUUUAUGUGAUCGGGUUUCAGGAGAUCAUACCAUUGGAUGCUGGUAACAUAUUUGGAGCUGAAGAUACCCGUCCUGUCCAAAAAUGGGAAAACAUCAUUCGUGAAACUCUCCACCGAGUUUCACCAAUGACUAGGUUCAAGAGCUAUAGUGAUCCUCCUUCUCCAUCUAGAUUUCAGCCAACCGAGGAUGCCUUAGUUAUAGAUGAAGAAGUUGCACUUGAAUCAGACAGUGAUAUCGAGGAGGCAAUCUACCCCGUGAAUGAGCACACAUCUGGUUUCGAUGAUGGAGGAACUGAUUUUGAUUGUGAUGAUGCCUCUUUACCCGAGGACCCUGUUAGCUUUGACAUGGCACUGGAAAAGGAGUCGCUGCAGUCGUCUUCCUCCAAAAGAUUGGAUAGAUUGCACUACUUAAAGGUCAAUGAUUCUGAGGAAAAUGUUGAAGAGUCUAAUGCUCAGUGCACUAAGAUAUUAUCCAAAACACUUAGUGGUACAGAAAAGAUAGGCUUAAGCUGGCCAGAGCCACCACUUGAUCUUCUAGGUCAGCAUAUUUUGGAGAAGUCUAAUUCCUUCGGUUCUUCUAAAUCCUUCAAGACUCUCAAAUCUUUCCGGACACACAACUCUUUCAAAUCUAGUGCGAUAAAUGAAAGGUCGAUGGAGUCUGACUUGAAAGCACUGGCGGAAAUAGACCUUGACUCCCUAAUAGGUCGGAAAAGAAGGUCAGCCUAUGUUAGAAUAGUGAGCAAGCAAAUGGUUGGAAUUUUUAUUACAGUAUGGGUGCGGAGGAGCUUGCGAAGAUACAUACAAAAUGUGAACGUGUCUGCUGUUGGUGUUGGUGUCACGGGCUAUGUUGGCAACAAGGGUGCGGUAUCAGUUAGUAUGUCAGUACAUCAGACGGUCUUCUGUUUUGUUUGUACUCACCUAACAGCAGGAGAAAAAGAAGCAGAUGCGGUCCAGAGAAAUGCUGACGUGCAUGAGAUUCAUAAACGAAGCCGUUUCAACCCUUUCUCUGCUAUGGGGCUUCCUAAUAGGAUAUAUGACCAUGAGAGAAUUAUUUGGCUUGGUGACCUUAACUAUCGAAUCAACUUGUCUUAUGAACGAACGAGAGAGCUAAUAUCCAAGAAGCAGUGGUCCAAGUUACUGGAGCAGGAUCAGCUGACGAGAGAGCUCAAGAAAGGCCGAGCAUUUGAUGGAUGGUCGGAAGGUUCUCUGAGCUUCGCUCCUACUUACAAAUAUGAGUUAAAUUCCGAUACUUACUUCGGUGAGGACCCAAAAGCUGGUAGAAGAACACCUGCAUGGUGUGAUCGUGUCCUCUCCUUUGGGACGGGAAUGAGGCUGGUGAACUACAGGAGAUCCGAGAUCAAACUAUCCGACCACCGCCCAGUGACUGCCUCGUACAUGGUGGAAGUGGAAGUAUUUUCUCAGAAGAAGUUGCAAAGAGCACUCACUUUCACAAACGCAGAAGUUGAAGAAGAGGAUAUUGUCAUGGAUGUUGGAGUUAAUACGUGAUUACACCUGCCAACGCUAGAAGAGGACACGUCAUAUUGGGAGCGUUGAAGCCAUGGUCGAAGAGGCUGCAAGCGACCCCUUGAACGGGCAAGAUGUUCAUUUCUUGUUCCGGGUUUUUGGAGGUGAGGAUGCGGAGAAUGGAGAUGACCUGUGGCUCAAGUCCCUUGUCAUUUGUUGAGUAGCAAAAUUAGUAGUAUCAAUGCCUAUGCAUAUCUUCUUACUGUUGUUUGUAAAUGUUAGGCCCAUAAUAAAUUUUUUAAAGGUGUAAAAUUAUAGUAGUAAAAUUAUUUAGCAUCCAGCAAAAUCCUCCAGAACUAUGUCAAUCAUGUCAGUCUAUAUAUGCUCAGUUUCACGAAUAGAGAAUGCAGUUUGCAGAA